AUGUCGGGCCUAGACGUAGAGGCGUUGCUUGACGCCACCGCAAAAAGCUCUACCGAGACGAAGACACACGACGUCGAAGAACGCCCCAACGGCGACCGUUCCGAGCGCAAGGAGCGCGAUCGCGGCCGCGAUGGAAGCCGCGACAGGGACUACGAUCGUCGUCGUCGAGACCACGGACGCCGCGACCGUAGCACGACACGAAGCCGACGCGGAACCCCGGACGACAUCAAGACAUCCACCCCUCGGAGCGACGCUGGUAGCCACAAGAGUAGGCGGAGAAGCAAAAGCCGCGAUGAUGACCGCCGUCACUCACGUCGUCACAGAGGAGAUGGUGAUUACUACAGAGGCGGACGAGCCCGCUCGCGAUCUCGAUCCCCCCACCGCUACCGCUCAUCACGCGAUGACUAUCGCGAACGCCGUGAUCGCUCCGAUCGCUACUCCGGGGACCAUCGCCGGGCUAGGGAUGACGAUCGUCAGGAAACUUCCAAGCGUGAGGCAACACCACAACUUACUGAAGAUGAACGCGAUCGCCGCACUGUCUUUGUCCAGCAGCUCGCCGCCCGUCUUCGCACACGCGACCUGAAGGCAUUCUUCGAGAAGGUCGGCCCUGUCAAUGAGGCUCAGAUUGUCAAAGAUCGCAUUAGCCAAAGAUCCAAGGGAGUCGGUUAUGUUGAAUUCAAAAAUGAGGAAUCAGUUACUCAAGCGCUUCAACUCACCGGACAGAAAUUGUUAGGUAUCCCUAUCAUCGUCCAGCUCACAGAGGCCGAGAAGAACCGACAGGUUCGCAAUUCCGAAACCACCACCGCUCACCCGAACUCGAUCCCCUUCCACCGCCUCUAUGUGGGCAACAUACACUUCAACGUCACCGAACAGGAUUUACAGGCUGUCUUUGAACCCUUCGGCGAACUUGAAUUUGUCCAGCUCCAGAAGGACGAUAAUGGACGCAGCCGGGGCUAUGGAUUCGUGCAAUACCGCGAAGCUAGCCAAGCCAGGGAGGCCCUUGAGAAGAUGAACGGCUUCGAUCUUGCCGGUCGCCCGAUUCGCGUUGGCCUCGGAAACGAUAAGUUUACCCCUGAGAGCACUGCCAACAUCUUGCAGAGAUUUCCUGGCCAAAAUCCACAGUUCCAAGGCUCUGCAUUUUCUGGUGCGGGCGGCCGCGGCCCCCAGACAUCGGCAUUCGACCGCGCGGGUGGAAGAGACAGCGAAAAGUCUGGCGGCGCCAGCGCCCUUGACGACACAGAUGUCGCCGGUGUCAACUUUAACAACUAUAGCCGUGAUGCCCUGAUGAGAAAACUUGCCAGGACUGAUGAUGCUUCCAACGGAGUAGAUGAGCGACAAGUGUUGAAGCCAAAGACUGAGACCAAGCCCCUGCCGGUCAAUGUCAACAUGGCCAGCCGAUGCGUUGUCCUGCACAACAUGUUUGACCCUGAAGAGGAAGAAGGAGAGGAAUGGGUCAAGGAAUUGGAGGAUGACGUUCGACAGGAAGCAGAAACCAAAUACGGCCGCGUCGUACACAUCUCCGUCGAUCCGAACUCCAAGGGCGACAUCUACCUAAAGUUCGACAAGGUCCAAGGUGGCGAGAACGCCAUUAGAGGCCUCAACGGUCGUUACUUUGGAGGCAGGAUGAUCGACGCGUCACCUGUUGUAGAUGCCGUCUACAGCAGUUUGUUCUCUCGCACACGAGCGAUCUAA